GGUCUCCUCCAGUGAAUUCCUCCGAGUGGUGCUGCUCCUGGACACGCCCCCUUCUCCCUCUGUCAGCCAAUGAGCUCCACGCUGGGAACACGCGUUUUUACGCCACAGUGAAGCGGAGAACUCGGUCCCAGUUUGUGAUUACCUGUCAUUCACAGUGAGUGACUCCGACACCAUGAGUCUCCGUGUGUUAGAGAUCAUCUUCUUCUUCUACUUCGCCUCUCACAUCCCCAUCACGUUGUGUAUUGACCUCCAGGCGCUGCUGCCCGGACAUGUGUACCCACAGCCGCUGAGGGAUCUCUUGCGGUGGUACGGUGAGGCGUUCAAAGACCCCAUGGUCCUGGAUCCUCCUCAGUGGUUCAGGUCCUUCAUCCUGUGUGAGGCUCUGUUUCAGACGCCUUUCUUUCCCGUCGCAGCUUACGCUUUUCUAAAAGGUGGCUGUAAGUGGAUCAGGACUCCUGCCAUCAUCUAUUCCACCCAUGUGGCCACCACGCUGGUCCCGAUCCUGGCCCACAUCCUCUUCCACCAGUUCCCUAUGAAACCUCACCCCGGGCCCCAGACCCUGCAGGAGCGCUGGCUGCUGGUCUCCAUAUACGCUCCCUACCUGCUGGUCCCUGUGCUGCUGCUCCUCACCAUGCUGCUGUCCUCCACAUACAGCACCACCUCCACAUCUGGACAAACAUCAGCCAAGAGCAAGAAGAAGAACUGAGACAUCUCCAGACUGCACCUGUUUCAUUUUUUCUGAUUUUAGAGGAUAUUUUUCUACAUUUCUGAUUGUAUGUGAUACAAACAUCUGAAGUGAGUGUGAGUCCUACUGCAGAACACUAUUAUUGUUGGGGAGACAUUACCACUGUUAAACCAUCCAGAAUGAACACUUUUAAUAAGUGAACCCUGGUUUGUUGUAUUUUUUAUCAGGAAGUCACAUUAAAACAUUUAGAAAGGUUAAGGUAUAAA